GGAUCAAUUCUGUAAUUUUAACUAAUUCGUAUGAUUCAACAGUAUAAAUCCGAGCCGUAAACCUCCGCCUUCGGAGUUAGGCUUCUCUGGUUCUUACUUUCUGACUGUGAAGUCUUCUUCUUCUUCUUCUUCCAAUUUCAGCUGAACCCAAACAAACUCUCAGCGGCGGAACCACCCAACCAAAAAUGGCGGAUUCCCCACCCACCGCUUCUCCUCCACCUUCUUCUUCCUCCUCUCCGCCUCCCCUAAUACUCUCCAAUCAACCUAACCCAAGCCCUAAUUUUUUCUUCCCCGGUUUCUCACCCGCAGAUCCUUCGGCAUCACCACAACAACCGCCGCCGCCGCCGACUGACGUCCCCCCGGAGCCACUCCCGCAGUUCAUCUCCGUGCUAUCUAGGAGGCCUGCUUUGAGGGUGACCACAGAGUUCGACAGCGACAGCUCCGUGUUCUUCCACAAGGUCUCCUGCAAGCUGCUCGACAGCUUCGCGAAGCUCAAGCUCACGUUUCAGAACAACGGCAAACGGGAAUUUUCCGAGCCUCAGAUUUCCCUCGUCUCGAAGAAUCUCUCUAUUCAUUACGAUGUUGAAGAGCAGAAUGCGCUCAUUAAGACCUCCUUCGACGUUGGUUCCAGGCUCCAUUUCAAGGGCGUUCAUGAUGUCAAGGCGGAACAAGGAGAAGUUGCAGUGGUGGCCAAACUUGCUGAACCUGGAUAUGCUCUUGAGCUCUCAUCUCCUGUUCCUGCAGUUGGCUUGCCUAGAGCAACUCUAAAGUUCCCUUUCGGUGAAUUUUCGUUGGAGGAAGAGGAGAGAGCAGAAGAGAAACGGGCACUGUCUAUUUCUAUUAGUGGACUUGGUAAAGCUAAACUGUUGAAUGGGCUUUGUUCUGCACAGUACAGUGAAGAGGAACUGAAACUAAGAUAUUCCUACAAGGACGAGGAACUUUCGUUUAUUCCCACUAUUUCACUGCCUUCAAAUGCUGUGUCAUUUGCAUUCAAGCGUCGGUUCAAUCCUUGUAAUAAGUUAAGCUACUGGUACCAUUUUGAUACCAACAACUGGAGUGCUGUGUACAAGCAUAAAUAUGGCAAGGACUUCAAGUUCAAAACUGGAUAUGAUUCAGAUGUUCGACUCGGCUGGGCAUCCCUCUGGGUUGGAGAUGAAGGUGGAAAGGCUAAAUCUGCACCAUUGAAGAUGAAAGUCCAAUUCAUGCUCCAAGUGCCACAGGACGACAUCAAAUCGUCAGCGUUGAUGUUUCGUGUCAAAAAGCGGUGGGACAUAUAGAGUAUGUGUAGGCUUCUGAAAUCACCUUCUUUUCAUCCUAUACACCAAUGUGAGAUAAAUAGAAGUUGUUCUUGUUAUGGAUAUGCUCAUUCUACAGCUUGGUUAGAUGAAUUUCUGUUUUCAGAGAAGUUAAUUCAUGUGAACCUAGAUCGUCAAGCUAUCCGGAAGUCUUUCGUUUGGAAGAUAGACGUUGAAUUUUGGGUGAUAAAAAUUUCAGUGCCAAGUCAAAGAAAAGUCUGGGUGUUGGUCGAUAAAAGAAGACGCCAACUCUAUAAGAUCACAAGAUUCCUAACUUUGUGAUGGUCGCAUGCAUCUUCUUUUGUUUCAUGACUUGGUGAUUUCAACUUGCUGUUUUUCUUCUCAAAACAGCAUCCUCUGUAUUAUUUUCUCAUAAGAGCAAUAAGAACAAUUCCAAGAAUUCGGUCCGGGUUCAAACAUUGAGGCUUAGGAGCAAGGUUGUCAACCCGUCGGUUGAUCCGAACACGGUGGAGCUAGUGGGUCAAGAGUUAAUGGGUCACCUGUUUUAGCCUGGUUUAGCCUGAAAAUAUGAAAAGAGUCAUUAUAUUGUACUUAUCUUGAUAAAUUAUAUAAAAUCUCAUUUAACAUAUGAGUUAUAAUAUAUAAUAUUCCACCAAAAUAACAUGUCGUACUUAGAUUCAACAUAUAGUGAAAAUUCACACACA